GUCACCGGAAGUUUAUUAUCAAGAUGGCGUCACUUCAUAAAAGUUUCUAACGAAUGCCUAUUGAUACGUUGCUUUAUCCACUUAAUACUUACAAGGUUUCACCUGUGCUGCCGCAGACAACUGCAGCUGCUAUUAGAUUAUGCAUAGACCUUCACCAGAAAUCACGGAAUGGGUAACAUUUUGAUAUAAAUGCCAAUGUUGAUUUCAGACGCUAGUGGAGAGUUACAAAUUAUGUCUGUUUUGACGUUGAUUUCGGACGGCUUUUUUGCCGUCUGUUCGGGUGUUGCUAAGGCAAUACGAACAACUAAUGAAACUGUAAACUAUGUAUUUCGGAUAAAUUACGAGGUUGUGUCAGCAGUCUAUUAUUAUGUAUCCUUGAUUGUUCUUACUAUUUGUUCUGUCAUCCAAAUCAUCAGCAACAUUGUUACAGCAGUGCUACAAUAUGCAGGAGAAUUUUUCAACGAAGUAUUUGGAUGUGUCUGCGCAUUGUGUGUAUUACUGUGGAGAAUUCUUGUUCUUAUAUACAAAGUGAUUUGCUUUAUUUUGUCUGGCCUGGAAACCUUGGCAGUAGUGUUGUGGACUGGUAGUUAUGUCACAGUAAAGACACUCAAACAAUCAGCAGUCGAUAUUUCUGACUAUUGUGGAUCGACAUGGAACUAUGCAACAGACAUGAUAACAGACCUAUUUUGUGGAAUUAUGAGUUCUUUUAAUUCUAUUGGUAAUUUAGUUCUUUCAGGCUACUCACAGAUUAAUGAAGGAAUUUCUUAUUGUGUAAUGUCGAUAUACCAUGGUAUCUGUAACAGUUUAUCAGCAUUAGAAAACUCCAUUAAAAACAUGUUUCAUAAUAUUAUAUAUUUCUAUACAUCAUAUCUGCCAAGUUUAGGAAAGGAAACAUACCUGGGAAUUUUAAUAUGUGGUUUACUUUAUCUGGCUGUCAUUAAAGUCGUUAUUUAUCUAACAGAUAAUGGAAUGACAUUGUUUACAAGACAAAGGCGUCGCCAACAAACAACAAUUUUGGACAGUGAUGAUGAAGAUUGGUCCGACAAUGAACAAAACGAAAGUGUUGUCAGUGACAGUAGUGAAUAUCAGGAUGGCACAGAAGCCAAUGACAGUGAUGACAUGUCCGAACACACUAUUGACGAUAAUGAUGAUGAUGACAGUGAGGUAUCUUUAAAUUCUCAAACCUUUUCUUCAUCGGAUGAAGAAGAGGAUGAAAUUGAGGUUGAACUUCCAACAGUGUCAGAUCGGUAUGGAGUGAGAAAUAGAUCAAUGACACCGAGUCGACCAAAAAACAUAUCCCCAGAAGAAUUUGAACGCGAAAUUGAGAAAGAGAAGGACAAGAGGAAAUGUGUGGUUUGUCAGGACCAAUCAAAAUCUGUAUUAAUUCUUCCAUGUAGACAUAUGUGUUUGUGUGUUGGCUGUGCUGAUCAGAUUGUUCGUGCUCGGCAAGUGGAAAGAAGGGUUUGUCCUUUAUGUCGACAAAGAAUUCAGAAAGUCAUGAAUGUAUAUACCUAGACUUUUGAAAAUUUAAAAUUUUAUACCUAAAUUAAAUAUCAUGUUAUAAGUUGUGCAUUUACAUCACAAAAAAUUUUGUUAUAAUGUUUAUUUUGUUAGUUCCUAAUUAUUAUGCAUUUGAAUGAAAGUAUUUAGCAUGGAUGUAUGUAAACUGUAAACGAAUGGCAAUGAUGUAGAUAAUUAAAUACAUAUUGAUUUCAAAUUGAAAAAGCAGAACUUUUCUACACUAGAAACUUUGCUUCCAUACCAAAGAAAAUUAAAGCUCUACAAGAUAAAUAACUGUAAUACAUGUACCUUAAAGUAAAGAUGCCAUCCCACGUACAAACUGCCAGAUUUGAAUAUAUAUAUUUAGACUAAAAACAUAUUAAAAUUAAUUUAUCUAUCAAAAGUAUGCUUCAAAUCCCCCCCCCCCACCUAGAAACAAACAAAAUACCCCAAAAAACUACCCUGUGUAGCAAGAGUCUAUUUUGUUUGUCACAUGACUUGUUUGAGGAAGAAUUCGUUUACCACUUGUAUUUGUCGUUAGUCACUGUCAAUUUACCAUAAAUAUCGAAAUAUCGAAGUAAAUUCAAGGAAUGUCCUCUGCCAACUUCUUUUUAAUCCCAGAGUCUACUGGAUGUUUUAAUUAUCUCAAUGUUUUUAUCAACACAAAAGAAGUGCUCCUUAUGUCACUCAAGGAGGCAGCUAGCUGUCUUUUAGGGAUACACUCAUAUUUUUGUCUUGUGUGCACCAAAUUAGUGCUGGAUAUUGCCAAGGCAGUCACGAUGUGAUACAAUGUACUGUUGCGAUUCAGGUACUAUGAUACAAUUCAUAACCAGGUCAAUGUUUACCAAGAAAUAUGAAUAAUUGAUAUUGAUAGUCCUGCCGAUGUCAAAGAAAUAAUUGUAAUAAUGACUAAAACAAAUUAAGAGUGUUUGUGCACCUAUGGAUAAUGUGUGACGUGGAUAAUUAAGAGUGACUGGUUACUUGCUGCAGCGACAAAAAAAACCCCCAAAACAUAAAAAAAAUCGCAAUCCAUCGAUGAGAUCAUCGAUUCAACAAUAUAUCUUUCUAGCACUAUGCCUCCAAUGGGUGUUAUUGCAGGUCUUCCUUUAGGCCUUAAAUGUUAUAUAAACUAUUAAUUAGACAUUUAUUAACAUGACAAGACCAUAAUCAACUCUCAAUGCCAUCUGAUGGUUCCGAUUUUCAACAGAUUUGAAUCGGAUCUGCAGUUCAAAGGCCAUUGAUGAUUAACCGUAAAAAUAGAUAAUCAAGACUACAGUGUUAUUAAAAUGAGGAUUUCUUGGAUCAGAGUUAAGUAAUUUGACUGAAAUUUUCAGCAUAUGCACUUUACAUUAUCUAUUUUUUAACUAUUAUAGCGAGAACUGUCAGUUCUUUUAUCAAGUUUCCAUAAUGUCAUUUUAAUAUUAGUACAUCUAAUAAUAAGCAGAUGGUAUUAUUUCCAUGAAAUUGUGGCAUCACCUCUCAAAAGGUUACAACAUGUAUCAAUACUUCUCUAGGUUACGUGUAUCAUGUAUCUUAAUACAUUGGAAAUUUGUCAUUGUUUAGGGAUUUUCCAAAUACAUGCAAUUACAUAUUAAACCACUUUAUUUAAUUUUUUACUUUAUGGUAUAGACUAUAUAAUAUUUACAUCUUAGACAAAUUCUAAGACAAUAUAUUCCAUACCUGUACAUAAGGUAUGUGCUCUUCAUUUGAAAUAAAUGAAAUGUAUGGUGAAUUACUGAAUGCUUGAUGAGUUUUCUGAAUAAACAGGUGUAUGGCUACAUGUGUGUAAGAAUGUUUAUUAUUUUUAGCUUCUCUAAUAUCAUAAUAGAUGUACAUUGUAAAACAUAACAAUUGUAUGUCAUAUCUAUUAAUAAAGCCAUGACAAGGAUAUAAUAAUAAAUAUUUAAAUACUGUUA